GUAAGCUAGAGUGACCUGUAUACCGGAUUCGUGUAGAUGUAUCGUCUGCCCAUACGCCGAUCCGUUUCAAUCUCCCGAGGAGGAGGAGGUGGCCAAGGCGCAGCAGGAUCAGCGGCAACAGGUGGCACAGGGACAGGCCCAAGCUCAGGUUCAGGCUCUGCAACAACAGCAGCAGCAAGCAUUAGCGCAGCAGAAACUGCAGAUCGACGUACACUUGGCCGCUUAACGGUGUGAAUAUGCACGCACCCACUGCUGGAGAAAAUCAUUGAAAUGCAGUUCCAGCUCCAGCUCCAUCUCCAUCUCCAGCUCCAUCUCGAGCUAUCAUCAUUUGUGUUUAUGAGGACGUCUGCAUCUCAUAUAUGUAGACCCUCGUGCCAUACAUGCUCGCCCGAACAAUCAGCAAUAUGCUAAAUGGAAAAGCGCACAAAUUGAAUACGGACAGCGCCAUGCAGCCGGACGUGGAAAAGACGGACCCGCUCGCAGCAGGCGCCAGCGGCAGCAGCACCACCACCGCCCCCACCACCCGCGUUAAGAUCGACAUUAGUAGCUGCCCCUCGACUAAUCCGACAACUGCUGGCGACCCGUCGGGGGGCGGAAGCUCCCACCUCCUGAUGGUGCCCGUGCCCACACACCACAAUCUGCAGCUAGAUAAAAUUUCCGUACGCUCGAUUAGUUCCGAGGAUAUAUCGAAUGGCGGCCCCGGUAGAUGCUGCAACGCCGCAGCUCGUAAUCCGGCCAUAAAAACGGGGCGACGGCUGCAGCUGAUGCAGAUGAUAAUUCUGCCAUUUAUACCAAUAUUGGCAUUGAUUGUGCAAACUUCGGUGACACUACAAGAGAUCCUGGAGUACCGAGCCGCCGUGGCUGACAUCGAGACGCAGGUGACCAUUGCAACAGACCUGGGAAAGGUGGUCACGCGACUGCAGCUGGAGCGCUCCGAGGUGGCCUUCUACAUCUUCACCAACGGCAGCAAGCAGCGGGCCAAUCUGACGCAGCGUUUCGCCAUCACGGACCAUGCUCUGAACAACCUGACCACCUGGAGUGAGAUCAGCGUUCCAACGGCGCCAGACGAGGAUGAGGACGAUCGCGAGAUGAUGUUGAACAGAAAUGACUUCCAGAGUCGGUUGAAUGAGUUCCGCGACCGUGUGCGCUUCGAGCCCGAGGAAAGCUCCAUCACGGAGGUCAUGAACUGGUACACAUCCAUAAACCGCGGACUGCUGCACCACCUAAACGAACAGAUCAAGGAGACGGACAACAGUGGAGUGUGGCGGUAUCUCGUCGGAUUCAAGAACCUGCUGAAGAGCAUCGAGUGCCAGAACAUCGCGACCUCUUUCGGCAUACGCUACUACGGACGGGGCUCGCUGACAGCCGAGAAUUUUGUCUCCUACGUGCGCUACGAGUUCAUGGCCCGCGAAAUGAUCAACUCCACGCUGAACUACGCGCCCAUGUUGAAGAGCAUGUACACCAACAUAACCAGCACCAAGAAGUUCCAUCGCGCCAAGAAAAUGAGCAACACUCUUCUGAAGAACAAUCCAAAUGUUUCGAACGAACGCAGCGCCAUCGAGUACUACGAGCUGAUGAAUAACUACACGGACGAUCUGAGAAUACUGCAGAAGGCUCUCCGACGUCAGAUCAAGGAGUAUGUAGACAAGACCCUGGUGGAGGCUGACCGAAAGGAGGCCAUCGGAAUCGCCAUCCUCGUCGUCGUCCUGCUUGUGUCACCCGUCAUCAUCAUUUUGGUGCGGAAUGCAGCUGCCACCAUACAGCACUACGCCCUGAAUCUGUCCCAGAAGGCAAAGGAGCUGAAGCGGGAGAAGCGCAAGAGUGACUCACUGCUCUUCCAGAUGCUGCCCCCUAGCGUGGCCAUGCAGCUGAAGCAGACGCAACAGGUUCCCGCCGAGCUCUACGAGGCUGUUACCAUUUACUUCAGCGACAUUGUGGGCUUCACCGAAAUCGCCGCGGAAUGCACCCCGCUGGAGGUAGUGACCUUUCUCAACUCGAUCUACCGCGUGUUUGACGAACGCAUCGAAUGCUACGACGUCUAUAAAGUGGAGACCAUCGGCGACUCCUACAUGGUGGCAUCCGGUCUGCCCGUGAAGAACGGGAACAAGCACAUCACCGAAAUAGCAACAAUGGCGCUUGAUUUAAUGGACGCAUCGUCAGUGUUUCGGAUCCCCAGGGCCGGCGACGAGUUCGUUCAGAUACGGUGCGGCAUGCAUACGGGACCAGUGGUGGCCGGCAUAGUGGGCACAAAGAUGCCUCGCUACUGCCUCUUUGGGGAUACGGUGAACACGGCUUCGCGCAUGGAGAGCACCGGCGAGGCCCAUAAAAUACAUAUCACAGAGGAGAUGCAUGACUCGCUACAGCAGGUGGGUGGGUUUAAGACAGAGCAUCGCGGCCUCAUCGAUGUGAAGGGCAAGGGGCUGAUGAGCACCUACUGGCUGACGUGCAAGGAUGGGCCUGUACGGGUGCGUGAGGAGAUCUCUUGGCGGGCGGACAUGCAACCGGUAUUCCUGGAUCAUCUCAAACUGCAUCCCCCAAUCGACUACAAGCUGCCCAAGCGAAAAUAAGCCGCAAGUGGUACAUACAAGUGUACGUGGCGUAUGUCUAGCCUAGGCCAAAUUACUGUUAUCUAUUCACGUAUCCGUGUGCAGGAGUGCGUGUAUGUAGUUGCUGCUUUCUCCGUUUCUGUUGCUGUUGCUGUCGCUCUCUGUCUCAGUGUGUAUGUGCCAUGUCCUAGAAUCUAUCUGUGUGUUCCACUUUUCUUCUGUUUUGACGCUUUGACGCCCAUGCGUCUCCAUAUAAUCUGCAAUGUGAACAACGAGAAUGAAAAGAUAAAAUACAUACAAUUUAUAAA